AUGACGUUCUGGCGACGCGUCGUGCAGCGGGAGGUGGCUCCACUGGUGCAGGCCGAGCAGCAGGGCUCCUCGCCCACGGGGAGCGGUGGCGGCGUGGCCUGGUCCCAGUAUGACUUUGUAGGUCGGGUGAUCACCUCCCUCUCCAUACGAGACGAGAACCGGGUGCCCUGGUCCAGUACUGCGCAGUUCCCCGCUUCUACUUGUUGA